AUUUCCUGAAUUUUCUUUAUAGCUUCUCCUCUCUUCUUGGAAAAAGAUUGCUACUUUCUCUUAAAAAAACACACUUGCAAAGCAAAACCUAAUGAUAAUUGUCUUCCAGAAUUAGAGAGCCAAGUUUCUAACCAUGCAAGCCAUCUCAUACAAUUCCCCUCCAUGCUGUAAUUUGAAUCGGAGAUUACUAGCAAAGAAAAGCUCAGGUAGACAGAAAUUAAAGACCCCUUUGUGUAGAAAACACAGAGUUUUAUGCACUAGGGUUCUAUCUAGACGUGGCACACUGGGGUUAUCCGAAAAACAUCGACUUUUUUUGAGGAACGCUUACCAUGGGAGAGCUUCGAGGCCUUUCGAGGCUCUUGAAGGGGUUAACAAUGUUGAUUCGAAGGUUUUGAGCGGGAAUUAUGAUGGUUAUGUGAUUGGUGGUGAAGAUGAGGUUGGGGGGAUGUCGAAAACCGGGGAGCCGGCGACUAAGGUUUUGAUUCCGGGGCUACCGGAUGAGUCCAACGGCGAUUGCAGUGCUCGAAUAAGCAGUUGUUUCUGGGAGUGGAAACCCAAAUUCAAUGUGCAUUAUGAGAAAUCGGGUUCCGAAAAUUCGAAUUCCCCGCCGGUGCUCUUCCUUCCUGGUUUCGGUGUCGGUUCUUUUCAUUAUGAGAAUCAAUUGAAGGAUCUAGGUCGUGAUUAUCGGGUUUGGGCGAUUGACUUUCUCGGGCAAGGCAUGUCAUUGCCUGUUGAAGACCCCACUUCCUCUUCUAAGGAGGAGGGUAUCACUGAAGGGAAGGAUUCGCUGUGGGGAUUUGGGGAUAAAACUGAACCAUGGGCGACCGGUCUGGUUUAUUCGAUAGAUUUAUGGCAGGAUCAGGUUCGACAUUUCGUAGAAGAGGUUAUUGGGGAACCAGUUUACAUUGUAGGGAACUCACUCGGAGGAUUUGUUGCUCUAUGCAUUGCAGCUCGCAAUCCUGAAUUAGUGAAGGGUGUUACACUACUUAAUGCUACUCCUUUUUGGGGAUUUUUUCCAAAUCCUAUAAAAUCUCCAAGGCUAGCAAGGAUAUUUUCGUGGUCCGGAAUGUUUCCUCUACCGGUAAACGUUAGGAAGCUGACAAAAUUCGUUUGGCAAAAAAUAAGUGAUCCCGAAAGUAUUGCGGAUGUACUUAGACAGGUUUAUGCAGAUCAUUCUAUAAAUGUUGACAAAGUCUUUUCUCGUAUUCUCGAGACAACACAACACCCUGCUGCUGCUGCAUCGUUUGCCUCAAUUAUGCUUGCUCCUCAAGGAGAGCUUUCUUUCAGAGAGGCUUUAUCGAGGUGUCAUAUGAAUGAUGUGCCUAUUUGUCUCGUGUAUGGAAAAGAAGACCCCUGGGUAACGCCUGUUUGGGGUCUUCAGGUGAAAAAGCAAGUUCCCGAAGCUCCGUACUACCAGAUCAGCCCAGCCGGUCACUGCCCUCAUGAUGAAGUCCCUGAGGUGGUGAAUUAUUUGCUACGAGGGUGGAUCAGAAACCUGGAAUCGAAGGGCGCGGUUGCGUUGCCUAUGCUCGAUGACUCGGAAAUGGAAAAUAUUCAGAGUAGCAUCAGCAAGGACAUGGAAUUAGUGAGGGAAGGAUCAAAAAAAUGGGUAAAGGUGCGAUUUUUAGGAUCCAAAUUCUCACUCUGGAACUUGAUAAGAUCUUACUUUAAACCUGGGUUUGGUAAGCUAGAAACCAGAUCACCAUAGCAGAUGAUGUAAAUUUCAGCGUGUUUAUAGUGACAUAGUUGAAUGUAUGAUUAAUCAUUUGAUAUAUGAUGAUGGUUUGAUAAAACCUUA